AAAAAAAAAGGAAAAAUCCAUUUCUGAAGCUUUGAUAUUUUCGUUCUAUUUUUUAUUUUAUUAUAUAUAUAUAUAGUUCUGUGUGCCGUAUAUUUCCACCUUCUUCUCCAAUUAACAAAGCCUAAAAAUUUUGGUUACAUGAAAUAAUUGUUGGAUGGAGAAUUCACAGUCGGCGCCGGAGACCGAUUCAGAGCGGCCGAACCUGCCGCCGGGAUUCCGGUUCCACCCUACCGAUGAGGAGCUGGUGAUCCACUAUCUGAAGAAGAAGGCUACUUCUCUACCCUUGCCGGUCGCCAUCAUCGCCGAAGUUGACCUCUACAAGUACGAUCCUUGGGAGCUUCCAGCUAAGGCAAGCUAUGGGGAGCAAGAAUGGUAUUUUUUCAGUCCAAGAGAUCGGAAGUAUCCGAAUGGAGCACGACCAAACCGUGCAGCAACAUCGGGGUAUUGGAAGGCAACCGGAACCGAUAAGCCUGUGAUAGCUUCGUCGGAAGGAAAUCGGAAGGUUGGGGUGAAAAAGGCUUUGGUUUUUUAUGGUGGGAAACCACCCAAAGGGAUAAAAACCAAUUGGAUCAUGCAUGAAUAUCGCCUCGCCGAUAACAAACCCGGCGGCGGAAAUAAUAAUAAGCCACUGGGAUUCAAUAUCGGCGGUAAGAAAAACUCACUGAGGCUCGAUGAUUGGGUUUUAUGUCGGAUUUAUAAAAAGAUCAACUCGAACAAACCGGGGAUGGAUCGUGAGCGAGAAGGUUGCGUUGAUUAUAUGGUUGGGUCAAUACCAUCAUCAAUACAAAUGAAUGGAUACAACCAACCAAUGACGACGACGAACUUUAGUAUGUAUUCUGAAUUAGCCUCUUUAUCGCUUCCAAUGAAACGGUUGCUGCCACUGCCAUCGUGGGAGGAUAUAGAGUAUCAGCCGACCGAUGAUCAACCAUCAAGCAAAAGAUUACAGUUCAUGAACGGAGGUGGUGGUGGCCGCAACAACUCAAUCGCCGCUCUACUCGGCCAGCUACCGUCGCUGCAGCAACCAACAAUGCAAGGUUGUAUCGUGGGCGAUGAGACUUACCGGCCGGCAUUCCAACUGCCGGAGACAAAUUGGUAUUCAUAACACACAACUAUAAAAUUGGAGUGGUGGGUACGUUAGAAAAGAAAAAAAAAAUCAGAGAUGACAUUUUCAAAGUUGAUUGCUUACCUAAAAUAUACAGCUGAUUUAAUAUUUAGGAAAUAUUCUUAAUAUUUUGGGGAUGUUAAUGUUUAGGAUAGAUUGAAGAAAAAUGAUAAAAGAAAGAAUAUCACUGAUAAUUAAGUUUUGUAAAAAAAAAAGAAAAUGAUUACAGGACAGGGAAUUAAGAUAAAUUUGUUUUAUAAAGCUAAUUCUCUGCCAAAUUAUGGUGUUAAAAUUAAAUUACCCCUAGAUAGGUUUUGUUUUGUGUAUAUUGGUCAUGUCAAUAGUGGAAAUGGCUAUGUAAAGAAAAAUGCAAAGAUAUUCUACUGAUUAUGUGUAAAGAACUAGGAUUGACAUAACCCUAAUUAUUUUUUUUAGGGUUUGGAGAUUA